CCAUCUCCGCCCGCCCACCCGGGCCUUAGCGCCGCCUCAUCCCCUUCAAUCAGCAGCUCGGGGCCCGGAGCUCCAGGCUCAAGCCGAUGAUGGAUCCACGGUAACUGGGGCCUGAGGGCAGCUUAGUGCCCGGCCGGUUGGGCGAAGACGCCAAGAUGGCGGCGAGUAACUACUAUGGAUUCGCGCAUGGCGGCGCUCAGUACAGUGCACAGCCCGCCACUGGCAUUGCAUACUCACAUCCAUCCACGCCAGCCAGUUAUACCGUACAGCAAGCUCCACCAACGGCCCAUGCAGUCACUGCAGCAUAUGCUCCUGUGCCUGCCACGCAAACAGUGAGACCAGUGACCUCAGCAGCAUAUGGAAGCUAUCCAACCGUGCAUUCUGUGACAGACUAUAACUAUGGACAGAGGCAACCAGAAACUGCGCCACAGCAAACACCGGCUACAACACAAAACUACCAGCAGUACUACGCACAAGGAGGAAAUUCGGACAAGACAGAGUGGGGUUGGAUGACAGACUUGAUCUAUGGUUCAUCUAAGGACAGUUACAGUUAUGCACGUUCCACAGCAACAGCACCGAGUUAUGAUAAACAGUACUAUCAGCAACCUGUCUCAGCUGCUGCUCAACCUCAGCACACAGCCACAGAUUCCUACUACCAGACAAUAGCUCCUAAAACCAGUUUCAGCCAGUCUGGAACACCAUACACACAAACACAACAGUCAAGACAAGUUACUGCGAUAAAGCCCGCACCCACCCCAAUCCCGGUUACAACCAGCUUUACAGUGUAUCCAGUGGUAACGACAGUGCAACCAACAGCGCAACCUACUGCAGCGGUGGCCACAGCUGCAGUAUCUUACACACAGACACCGUCAUACAAUACAACACCAGUCAGUUAUUCAGGGUCAAGUUACACUGGGUACGAAGCUGCUGUAUACUCUGCUGCUACUUCAUACUAUCAGCAACCACAGAAGCCCUCAGCCACCACUUGGACGAGCACUGGGACUGGAACAGGAACCAGUGCCAAUACAGGAAGCACUUUCAUCAAAAAGCCUGCCUUCCAGAACAAACAGCAAAAACCGAAGCCACCACCUAAACAACCACAGCUACACUAUUGUGAUGUCUGUAAAAUUAGCUGUGCUGGUCCACAGACUUACAGGGAACAUUUGGAAGGCCAGAAGCACAAGAAGAAAGAAGCGGCUUUAAAAGGUGGAAGUCAGACUACCAGUGGACCACGUGGAGCCCAGGGUCAACUGCGAUGUGAGCUGUGCGAUGUGUCCUGUACAGGUGCAGAUGCAUAUGCUGCACAUAUCCGAGGUGCCAAGCACCAAAAGGUGGUUAAAUUACACACCAAAUUGGGGAAGCCAAUUCCCUCUACAGAGCCAGUUGUAGUGAAUUCAACAUCAGCUACAGUGAAUAAGAUGGUGAGCAGUGCCACUACCACAGCCACAGUACCAGCAGCCAUCCAGAUGCCUCCCAAGCCAGCUGCUGCCUUUACUAACAAUACAAGCAAGCCACCUACAAUAACAGUGAAGAAACCUGUAACACCCAAAAUAACAUUUGUUGGAGGAAACAAAUUACAGACGAUGGGAAACAAAAUGGAAGAAGUUAAAGUCCCAAAUGCUAAGCCAGAGCCCCAGAUGCAGGAAUUCAAGCCUGAGCAGAUCGCAGCACCAGUGCCAGCUUCCACUAUCCCAGCGCAGCUUCAGAACGAUGUCCAGCCUGUAGGCCACGAUUAUGUAGAAGAGGUCCGGAAUGAUGAAGGAAAAGUGAUCAGAUUUCACUGUAAGCUUUGUGAAUGUAGCUUCAAUGAUCCUAAUGCAAAGGACAUGCAUUUAAAAGGUCGUAGGCAUAGGCUACAGUACAAGAAAAAAGUGAAUCCAGAUCUUCAGGUUGAAAUAAAACCAAGUAUCCGAGCCAGGAAAAUCCACGAGGAGAAGAUGAGAAAACAAAUGCAGAAGGAGGAGUACUGGAGAAGGAGAGAAGAGGAGGAGCGCUGGCGAAUGGAAAUGAGGCGGUAUGAACAGGAGAUGUAUUGGAGGAGAGUGGAAGAAGAACACAUUUAUUGGGAAGAGCAGCGUCGCAGAUUAGCACCAGACUGGCACCCGCCACCGCUCAUGGGAAGACUGGGCAUGCCACAAGCACCUGCACCCAUGCCUCCUCGUCGCCCCGAUUCCUCAGACGACCGCUACAUCAUGACAAAGCAUGCUAGCAUUUAUCCCACAGAAGAAGAAUUACAGGCCGUGCAGAGGAUAGUCUCUCAAACAGAGCGGGCUCUCAAACUGGUGUCGGAUGUUAUUUCUGACCAAGAAGGCCUUAAAAAAGAUGGAGACAAUAAGGAGAAGGGGAAAGGUGACCUUGGAGCACGUGUGCUGAAAGGGGUCAUGCGUGUUGGUGUGUUGGCAAAAGGAUUGCUUCUGCGUGGCGAUAGGAAUGUUAACCUUAUCCUGCUCUCUGCCCAUAAGCCCACAAAAACCCUUCUGGAAAAAAUUUCAGCUAAUCUGCCCAAACAACUCCUGACUGUAACGGAAGAGUCAUAUGAAUUGAAAACCUGCCCCAGUGAAUCUUGUAUCUUCCUUUCUACGUGUAAAGAGCCCAAGAUGCAGGUCAAAAUUUCACUGACAUCCCCUGUCAUGCGAGACGAUGUUGCGAAGGAUAAAGAUGCAACCUCUGCCCCAGUGCAAGAUCCAUCAGAUGUAUUGAACAAGCAAAAAUGCCUUGAGGGUCUGGCUGCCCUUCGUCAUGCCAAGUGGUUCCAGGCUAGGGCUAAUGGCUUGCAAUCCUGUGUGAUCAUCAUACGAAUUCUGCGUGACCUGUGCCAGCGAGUACCAACUUGGGGAGCUUUGCCAGACUGGGCUAUGGAACUGCUUGUGGAGAAAGCCAUUAGCAGUUCUUCAGGCCCUCUGAGUCCUGGUGAUGCAAUGCGGAGGGUAUUGGAAUCUGUUGCCUCUGGAGUUCUCCUUCCAGAUGGUCCUGGGCUUCUGGAUCCCUGUGAAAAAGACCACUCAGAUGCUCUGUCCUGUAUGAGCCAUCAGCAACGAGAGGAUAUUACAGCUAGUGCACAGCACGCGUUGAGGUUGUUAGCGUUUCGGCAGAUUCACAAAGUUCUUGGGAUGGACCCACUACCCCAGCCAAAGCCUCGGUUUAACAUGAGAAACCGCAAACGGAGACGGGACACCAGUGAAACAGCAGAAGGGGAAGGGGAAGGAAAGAAAGACAAAAAAGACAGUGACGCAGGAGACGUCUAGACUUGUUCUAAGUGAUGCUAAAUUUUGAAGAUUUCAAUUUUUUUAUAUAAGUUGCUGUUUAGUCUGAGACAUUUGCAAUUUUAGUGUUUUACUUGAAUAACAAUGUACUGUAGAUUUGUUUUAAACUGUGCUUAAUGAGUAUUAAAUUGCAUCAUUCCAUAAAGAUCAUGUUGCCCACGGCAACAGCUCCCCCUCCCUUUCCUCCCACUCUCCUCCUCCCCAUACCCAGGAAAUACAACCUUUACCAAGUGAGUUGGCCCAGUCCUGAAACCCAUCUUUCUCAAGUAUUCAAAACCAAAGUUGACUCCGUGCUUCCCUGGCUAGGGUGAGACUGCUUUCUGUCGUAAAUUGGUAAGAAUAUUUUUAAUUGUGUUCAGUUGAAAGAUGGGGUAUAUUUUUGCCAGACAACAACAAUUAAGUGCAGCAUGUUGGAUGUCCCCUUUUUGUGUUGGAACUGUUUUUAUAGUUCAAGCAAGCAUAACUGAAUGCAGAUACCUCGAAUAAAGCACCUAUAUAACUCUUAGCUGUAUUCUAUUUGAGAGCAUUGAGACCAUAGAGCCCCAUUUAAGUAAAUAAAACUUGUGCUGAUAUCAGAAACUUAGCGUUUGGGUGUGAUUGGUAUACAUCAAAUUUGUAGCACGUAGUCUAGUUAUAAAAUUGGGAGGCCUUUCACUGUGAUCAUGGAGUCUGGAAUGCUUGCCGUACAUGUAUGCUGCAAUGCUGUUUACUGGCUGAAAGCAUAUAGUUUUGACGAAACCAGAGAGGUAGGUUUACAACUUUAGAAAUUGUUUUUGGCAAGAUUGGUUUGACUGGCCUAACUCCUAAUAUGGCUCUUCUGCUUGGUUUGAAGUUGCCUAUUUCCAAUAAGUUUUGCUUUUUAAUGGUGACAGAAAUCGGGUCCUUUCCCUACUGCAUCUUUUCUUUUUCUGAAACAUGAGGGCUUGUCAUUUGGCUCACUACUGAAGUUUUUUCUUUUUGCAGCUCAGCUGAGUAACGAAAAUUUCUCUACUACAGUAGGCCUCUCCUGCAUGGAUUUUCUUCAGCAGUGAUCAUCACCCAACUGUUUGUUUAGAUACCUUUUGAAGUUCUGUAUUUUUUUGUGCUGUUUCCAAGGCUCCUGUAGUCUGUUUCCAGAUUUCCCCAUUUUGGUAAUUCAAAUUUAACAAUCAAAUUUUCCAAAACCCAUUUUCUUGCAAAGCACAUGAGAAUGGAUUAAUCUGGCAAAACUGCCACAAAAGAGAUUCCUAAUUUGCCACUGGCCAGUUCAGUGUUUUUUUUAAGAUACUGAUUUGUAAAGAUGUGCUGAUAACCUGGUUUGAAGGCAGACCAUUGGGAAUUGAACUUUCUGUUUUAAAAGUAACAAUCUACUGUGAAUUGGGUUCCCCAAAUUAGAUGAGUGUUCAUAGCCUGGUGUUGGGGGGUGGGGACUUAAAUUCAAAGUCAUUUCUUUUAAAAGGAGAACUCCACCUGAUUGUGUUUAUUGUCAGACCCUGUCUUCCUUGUGGCAAGUUUCAGUUUUCUCAAUGGAUUGCUCCAGCAGCCGACUGGGUGCUGAAUUCUGUGUUGUGAACUGUGGGUGAUAUCACGACUCAAGACAGCUUGUGCACCAAAAUUGCCUGACACUCAUUAGUAUAAAAUCCCUUCUAAUCCCUUCUAAUGUGCAUAAAAUGUACAGUUAAACUGGUUACACUAUUCACAGUUGUAUAGGUAGGAAAUGCCUCUCACACUGUAUGCGUACCCGAUACGGUUUCACCUAUUGAAGUGUUAUUUCUAUUGAAAUGUGGCUUUGUCCUCAGCUCUGUGGUAUUUAAAAAAUGUGCAUUCAACUUUUUGUCAGCUGUGUAUUACAAUACUGAACUAGCGUAAAAGUGCUAAUGGAAAAGAAAGCAGUGUAGAGGAUCUUUGUGUAAUUGGAUCCUUUUUAUGCUUUGAGGUAGCUGUUGACACACUGCAACUUUAUGAAGAUAACUGGGAAAUAAAGUCCUUACUGAACAAC